CCAGUCCUCCUCCCUUGUGCGAGAUGGCCGCCGCUUCCCUCUUUCUCCUCCUCCUCCUCCUCCUCGUCCUCGUACUCGUGGCACCGGCCUCCGCCGUGCCCUUCAUCGUCCUGCACGGUAUCGGAGACCAGUGCGCCAACCAUGGCGUCACCAAGUUCACCCGCCUUCUCGCCGACUGGUCUGCCUCCGAUGGCUACUGCCUUGAAAUUGGAAGCGGGACAUGGGACUCUUGGUUAAUGCCUCUUCAGAAACAGGCCGAUAUUGUUUGCACUAAGGUAAAGGAAAUGAAGGAACUUAGUAAUGGUUACAAUAUAGUUGGUCUUUCCCAGGGGAACUUGAUUGGUCGAGCAGUUGUUGAGUAUUGUGAUGAUGGCCCACCGGUCAAGAAUUUCAUUUCACUCGGUGGUCCUCAUGCUGGUACUGCUUCAGUGCCACUUUGUGGUUCUGGUAUUUUUUGCAUGCUUGCUGAUUCCCUGAUUAAAUUGGAGAUCUACUCAGACUAUGUCCAGGAACAUCUUGCACCCAGUGGUUACAUGAAAAUCCCAACUGAUAUUGAAGAUUAUUUUAAGGGUUGUAGAUUUCUUCCAAAGCUUAACAAUGAGAUACCAGGUGAAAGAAAUGCCACCUACAAGGAAAGAUUUAGCAACCUGGAGAAUUUGGUAUUAAUCAUGUUUCAGGAUGAUGCUGUCUUGAUACCUCGGGAAACAGCGUGGUUUGGUUACUACCCUGAUGGAGCCUUCGAUCCUGUCCUGCCCCCUCAGAAGACAAAGCUGUACAUUGAGGACUGGAUUGGUCUGAAGACGCUGGAUGAUGACGGGAGAGUGAAAUUCGUGUCCGUACCAGGGGGGCACCUGGGUAUUUCCAAGAGUGACAUGAGGAAGUACAUUGUGCCCUACCUGAAGGGCAAGGGCAAAGGCAAGGCUUCGAUUGCUGCUACUUGGCGUGCCAUCACCAAUUCCAUCGGGGAAGCGUUUGUGCUCAACUAGUAGUGUGAUACAGUAGCUCUGACGAACUGAAUGACGUUGGUUGAUAUGCCUGCAGAAAAGAUAGAACUGUAUAGUGUGUAUCCAGUAGAGCGACUGGACGUUAGCUAGGGACAUUGUGUUGAGUUGUGGUUUUAUUUUGUUUUCCGUACACUUUGCAAAUGCGGCACGGUAUCGCCACAUAGCCCCCCUUGUAUAUCAAUGAAUGCACCAAACUAAAAACUAGGAGUAACAGUGGACAUCAGAUAUGGUAGAUUUUGAACCCAAAAUUAAUGAAGCGGUUAGUCUGGAGGAGUUGUAUUUGGGGGUCA